AUGCUCUGUUUGACCCCUCACUGCUCUCCCCCCUCAGUUCCUCAAGCAGAGGUCCAAGCAGAGGUCCAAGCAGAGGUCCAAGCAGAGGUCCAAGCAGAGAUCCAAGCAGAGGUCCAAGCAGAGGUCCAAGCAGAGGUCCAAGCAGAGGUCCAAGCAGAGAUCCAAGCAGAGGUCCAAGCAGAGAUCCAAGCAGAGGUCCAAGCAGAGGUCCAAGCAGAGGUCCAAGCAGAGGUCCAAGCAGAGAUCCAAGCAGAGGUCCAAGCAGAGAUCCAAGCAGAGGUCCAAGCAGAGGUCCAAGCAGAGAUCCAAGCAGAGGUCCAAGCAGAGGUCCAAGCAGAGGUCCAAGCAGAGGUCCAAGCAGAGGUCCAAGCAGAGGUCCAAGCAGAGAUCCCAGCAGGAUCAAAGGAGGGUCAGAGGAGGGUCUAA